AUUAUCAUGGUCGAACAGCAACUGAAUGAAAACGUAUGCCGAGUGGGGAGCACGUGACUUUGACAGUUUCGGCGGGAAGUCAGUAGCACGUGCGACAGCGUGAAUGGUGGAUGUACCUAUAACCUCAAUUCUUGCGCUCCGCAUAUAAUAAACAUUUGAAAUGUUGAAACAGUAUCUUUUGAAAAACCACCAAAUGGAAUUGGAGGAAGUUUUGGAUAAUGUGGAUACCAAUUGUUAUUAUCCGAUCUACGUUAAUUUCGUAUCAUUGUUCGAGGAUGAUGCCGACGUUGCACAAAAAAUUUUGCAAUAUCCUAGAUAUUACUUACCAUUGUGCGACGAAGCGGCGGUAAAAGCUCAGGAAGAAAUAGCAAAACCGGAACAAAUUGUUAAAAAGAAGGUACGUAUUAGAGUUACUGCUGUGCCAGUUACAUUAGAUCAAGGAGAAAUUGGACAGCUUGUUUCAACGAGUGGCAUUAUUGUUAGAAUCUCCCAACCAAAAGUAUUAAAAUCUGUUCAAAGACAUUAUUGUAGAAAGUGCAAACAUGUUACUUCGGCUAAAUAUGAAUGGGAGAGGCAAACUUUUGCAGAUAUUACAGAUUGUGAAGAGUGUCAUGCUACAAAACUUAAAGUUUUAACUGAUUUUGAUUUGGACGAUUCUUCAGAUUGUCAGGAAAUAGGAGUACAAGAAAAGUGUAAGGUAGAUAUAAACAAAUCCUUGACCGAGGAACUUAGAAUCAUUCUAUUGGAUGAUUUAGUUGAUAAAUGUAGACCAGGAGAUCAUGUUGAGAUUAGUGGUGUUGUGAUAAGAAUUUGGGGUCCCUUGGAACCUGGCGAACGUUUAGAAGCGACAACCAUGAUGUUAGGUAAUAGCAUUACAGUGCGGCGUAAAAUAUCCGACACAUCUUCUUCUCAAGAAAUGAGAGAUGUUUUUAAAAAUUAUUGGGAAAAAUAUAACGAUAAUCCUUUACUUGGUAGAGACAAUAUUCUUGCAUCUAUUUGCCCAAAGCUUUAUGGAAUGUACACUGCAAAAUUAGCACUGGCUGUCGUUCUAGCCGGUGGCGUACCAAAAUGUAACGAAAGCGGUAAUUAUUCCCUUUAUUAUCAAUCUUUUUAUUCUCUAUGUAAAAUACAAUGUGUCAUUAUAAAUAAAAAAAAAAAAGGAACACGAGUGCGUGGAGAACCUCAUCUUCUCUUGGUCGGCGAUCCUGGAACUGGUAAAUCCCAAUUGCUUCGUGAAGCAUCUCGUUUGGCUAUAAGAUCGGUUCUUACGACAGGUGUGGGAUCGACUGCAGCUGGACUCACUGCAACCGCUGUUAGAGAUUCAGAAGGAUGGCAUCUAGAAGCUGGGGCCCUUGUGUUAGCAGAUGGAGGCGUCUGUUGCGUGGAUGAGUUCACAACCAUGAGCUCACAGGACAGAACAUCCAUUCAUGAGGCUAUGGAACAACAAACAAUAUCAAUCGCCAAAGCUGGAUUAGUUAGCACGUUAAACUCAAGGUGUUCAGUGGUUGCAGCUAUUAAUCCAUCCGGUGGCCAAUUCACCGAUGAUGAAGAAUGGGAAACGAAUUUAGGGGAUCCUCUUUUAUCUCGUUUCGAUUUAAUCCUGCUUUUGAAGGACAAUAGGAAUUCAGAGUGGGAUAGGCUGACUUCGGAACAUAUUUUAAAGGCUGCUUACGAGACUAAAGAGAACAAGACAGACUCGAAAAAUCAUAUGGAACUGUUAAAAAGCGAAAGUUUGUGGAAAGAGGAUACUUUGCGAGAAUAUUUAGCAUAUGUGCAUUCCCUGCAACCAAAAUUAACAAAGGAAGCGGAAAUGAUACUUCGAGCGACAUAUCUUUAUCACAGAUGUCAUCCAAAUAGGAGAGAAGAGAGAACAACGGUUCGACUUUUGGACAGCCUUAUUCGAUUAGCCGAAGGACAUGCUAGAUUAAUGUACAGAUCGGAUAUAGAAAUCAUGGAUGUUAUAUUUGUGGCAAAAUUAGUUGGAACUGGAUCUACAUCCGAGAUUAAUCUUGGUUGUUCAUUUCCAAUAGAUCCGAUUGCAACAUAUAAAUCUGAAGGUAAAAUACUAUUGAGGACUAUUGGUUUAGAGAAUUUGGAAAAUUUGUUAUAAUAUUUGAAGAAGUUUCUUAUUCUAAUUAUUAGAUUGAAAGAUCUUUUUUUUCUUUUUUNUUUUUUUUUUUUUUUUUUUUUUGAGUAAAUUAAAUUUUUAUUUGUCACUUUUAUCUUUGCUGCUUACAUAAGUACAAAUGUAUCAGCGAAUAUUUAUAAAAUUUAAACAACAUUUCUAUGUUAUUUUUCAUUUUUUAUACAAAACGAAGUAAUCUAUUGUUCAUUGCUAUAUAAUAAAGAUUGUGUAAUAAUCAUUGCAAUUAAUUUAAACAUCGUCAUAUAUGUAAAAAUAUAUUUAUAGGGCAGAAUCUGUUUGAUUGAAGUCUCAAUAAAUAACAAAGAUCCUUCGACCUCUCUUUUUCCUAUAUUCCCGAACAUUUUUACUUGAUAUAAAGUUUCCAGUUCAUUGAGACAUUCAGAUACACCCA